AUGUCGUGGCAUAAGUGCUCCAUGUGUCAGUCGAGGUUGCAGGAUAAUGAGCUGAACUUCUGCGUCUCCUGCCGCGCUGCCGUGUGUGGGACAUGCACUCAAAUCUGCUACCCGAACCGGAUGAGUGUGGCCCUCUGCAUGCGGUGCGCGCUACCUGACUACGUCUUCUCCUGUGGACGGUGCCACCAGCACAUCUCGUAUGAAGGCCUGGAGUUCUUCUGCGACAUGUGUGCCAACCCCAUUUGCUUCAGCUGCGUCGCUAGCGGCACUAGCUUCGAGUGUGGCAAGUUGAAAUGUAGUCUGUGCUGCGAGUACCCGAUGUCACAGGCAGCGCGUAAUCUGGUGGUCCGCUAUGUGGUAGACGGCGCCAUGCUGCGCCAGCUCCCGAUGCCGCUCGUGUCACGUGCGGCCCCGGUGGCACCGUCGCCUCCACAAGCGCGCGUGACAGCUGCAGCGUUGGUGGCGACGAUGAGCACCAAAUACCGAAAUCUGCUUGGGCGAGAGAAGCUCGGCGAGGGUGCUCAGGGCGUAGUGUACAAGUGCCGCACGGAGGAGAACGAGGUGGUGGUGGUGAAGGAGAUGGUGUUUAAUAAAACGGAUGUCACCGCCUUUGAGGCCCAGGCGCGACAAGUUGAACGCAUGCGCCAGCUAAACCACCCUCAUCUCAUCCGCUACCUCGACGUCUCGGUCAAGCAGGACCCACUACGCAUCUGCGUGGUCAUGCCCUUCUACAACGAGGGCGAUUUGAAAAAGUUCAUUGAAAUGCAGCGCAAACCGGUGACGGAGGUGAAGCUGUGCUCCAUCGUUCUGCAGAUUGCCGGCGCCCUCAGCUAUCUGCAUCGGCAAGAGCCACCGCUCGUUCAUCGUGACAUCAAGCCCGAGAACAUCCUGUUGCUCAACCACAAGGAGCAGGUACUGCUGAUGGACCUGGAUCUCUGUCGAGCAGUAGACGUAACGGCGAGCGUCAUUAAGCGGCGCGAGAUGUCACCGACGUAUGAGUACCGCGCACCAGAGUUGGCGACGAGCUGCGGCGAUACCAAAGCAGAUGUGUUUAGCCUCGGUGUGGUGAUGUUCGUGCUUGCCACACUGCCGGACUUUCCAUGCGUGCGCACGGACUCCGGCGAGGCGCUAGUGCUCUCCUCGUCUGAGUGGUCGCCAUCGUCGUUGGAGCGUGCUAUUCAGCGCGAAAUUAAGGGCGUACAGGGCUACACUUACUCAAGGGAGUUUAUCCGCUUAGUCGUGGCAAUGCUUCUUCACAAGCCCGCCGCACGUCCCACGUCGGAGAGUGUCAUCCACCGCCUGCAGAAGAUCAUGGAGCAGCGCCUGAUGGAGGGGAAGGUGUGA